GACUACAUUUUUCUGUCUGUUUCUAGAUGUAGCUAGCCUUGCUCUGUCUUGGCUAGAGUUUCCCCUCCCUUACUAGUCAUGGAUCGAGGACUAGGCCUGCCGUAAGGACGAUGAGGCCUAACGAGAACCCUGAUCUGGCGCAUUUGCCUUUCAUUCCUGAGUGACUUUUUCUCCCUCUAUGGUGCCUACCCUGGAUCGUUUCGAUUAACCUUCCCGGUGAAAGAAGACAAAGUGUGAAACAGAAGAGAUAUAGUGAACCCGGUUUCCAGAGAACGAGAGAUAUCCGUCGUGUUGGAUUUUGUUAGAGAGAAACUAGUCAUGUUGAACUUGAACACGUUGCUGACGGCGAAGGAUUCCCGCUGGCUUCAGUUGGAAGUGUGUCGGGAGUUCCAGAGAAGUCGGUGUACUCGGGCGGAUUCCGAAUGCAAGUACGCCCAUCCGCCGCCACACGUGGAAAUCCAGAACGGACGCGUCAUCGCCUGCUACGACUCCAUCAAAGGUCGGUGUACGCGAGAGAAUCCGCCAUGCAAAUACUUCCACCCCCCUCAGCACCUGAAGGAGCAGCUCCUGACAAAUGGACGGAAUCACCUGGCACUAAAGAAUGCCUUAUGGCAACAGAUGGGCCUACAACCAGGUCAGCCAGGUGCUGGGAUUCCACUGGCUACUCCUCUUUGUACCACUGGACCUGCCAUACACACCCCUGCUGCCAUGGUCACUGGGAACAAGGCUAGCACUUACUUGAAUCACCAGCCGCUGCUCAUAGACCCAAGCUUCAUGCAAGCAACAACCAGUCCAUACUUUGGUGCCAUGCAAGCAACAGCCCUCCAGGCAACAAGCAUCCCUGGACUGGCAGCAGCAGCAUAUGCACCUUACCUGCCAGGAACUGCAGCGGGUGCAUCAUUGAUUCCAUUUUCAAUGGGACCAGAUGGCCUGGCCACAAUGGGGUUGAUCCCCUCCCCUCAUGCCCCCACUCCCACAUCUACUCCUAUCACCUCCAUUCCGACCCCACAGAAAUCUCCUCGACCUGAUCCACGCACUGAGACCCCAACCGACCUGGCAGGUCAAGGUCAGGCUGGAAAGAAGCGUCCCCGAGACCCUGCUGAUGAUGCUGCUCUCUUCUUGUCAUAUCAUCAGGGGAGCAAUGGGGGUGGGAAUACAAGUCCAGUGCCAUCACACACACCGACACCAGUGUCCACAACUCCAACCGGCCUUGGAGCAUACAAGCGUGUUGCUGGGGAGAAGAGUGGCUUGCCGAUGUACCAGGGGCCAGUGGGAUAUCAGGGCUUGGUCAGUCUCCAGCAGCCCUUCAUCCCAUUCACCUGGUUGCUAGACCCCCAAACCCCGACCCUGAUCCUUCCUCCCAUCGCACAAGAACCCUUGCCUGCCAAUGCCCACUUUGUCAACUAUGUUGGACCCAAUGGCCAGUUGCUGGACAUCCUGCCAGUCUGCCUCGCUUUUAGGGAGGGGAAAUGCAACAAGCCCACUUGCCCCAAAGUCCAUACCCCAUUUGAGCAUGUGGAGAUCAAGGAUGGGCAUCUGUGGGUCUGCAGAGACUUUGUCAAAGGGAAAUGCCAUAGACCACUCUGCAAAUACUAUCAUCUGCCCAUCCCUCCUCCUCCUGUGCAAGUCCCUUCUCCCAAUCAACAAGAACACCAACCUAAAAUACAACAUGAUCAACAUUCCAAAACCCCUUCCGAAAGAGAUUGAGACGCAUCUGUGCUUCCCAUCAUCUGGUGCAGGAUUACAUCUCGGACAUGAAAAUAAUACUCAUCUGUACAUGAAACUGAAAAGGAUGCACACACAAAAUGAACACUUAUGGCAUGCAUGAUGGAAUGAGAAUUGUUUGAUGGAAUGGGUGCACAAGUGAGAGCAAGUGACUAUCAUUUCUUGAGUUUUAUUUUUUCAAAGCAAAAGAAGAAGGAAAUGUUAGUUCCUUGUCGAGGAAAGGUGCCUCUAGUCACUCACUAUACAUAGAUACAUUUUGUUCCUCUGCCUUUUUCCAAAAAAGGACAACGUAUCGGCAUGGAGCGUGUUCGAGUCAACGGAUUGCUCAGCCUGGCAAUCGCAGGAAUCUCGAGAUGAAAUGUGAUAGCCAUUGUUUGUUUCUUCACCUCCUCUUUCUUCCUGGCUGUCUUUUUCCCUGUCGUGCCUGCACCUCGCUUGUUGGAAUAUUCCUGCUUUGCCCAUCGCUUUGAAGAGUGGGGGAUGCUCCCACCAGAGGACUGCACAUUCUUCCCUUUUAUGGCCCUGUCUUCCACUGAUUUUACAGACAAAACAGAAGUUCCCACGAUCUGGAGGCAAUAUUCCGGCAAAGAACAGGGUGUCACAUUGCAAAAUUAGUCUUCAGUGGGUUUUUUUUUCAUAUAAAAAAAGGGAAUAGCCAUGACAGUAACAAGUGAAGAAUCUUGUACCUACUCUCUUCAUCAAGUUGUUGUUUUGUGUGAGACCGGUGUCACAUUUUUCCUCCCUGUUGUAUGCAGGACUUUAUAGGAAAAAAAAACUAUGUCCCUCUAUGCAAGAUUGAUGUAUAUGUGCUGUCCUCUGAUGCAGAAAAGAAAAAGUAUCUUACACAAUGAUUAUGAUAUAUGCUAUGCUAAGCUAAGCUAAGGUAAACUAAACUAGGCCAGGCGUUGCCUCGCUUCUUUCCUAUUGGAUUUUGCUAGAUAAGGUGUAAUUAAUUUUUUCAUUUUCCCUUGCUUACUCUGGAUUUUCUCUCCCCUUUGAAGAACUAUCGAAAGCAUUUCCAAACAUAUCAGAGAGUGAUAUAAAAAUAAACAUCGCAAUGCAUGCGGCGACUGGAUGUGUAGACAGUUAGCCACCUUUGGAAGGAGUUUUUAGGCCUUAUGGAGAAAAAGAAACACAACAGAGAGAUUUUGCAUGCUUGUGUUGCACAUGCAAGCUCGGUGCUUCUCUGGCAAACUGAAAGUCUUCUUGAUUCUUUUUUCUAUUUCGAUACAAAAGUGUAACCAUUGAAUGUGAUAUCUUGACGUCUGUUUGUUUUCUCCUUUGUGAUCAUCCAAGACCCAGUUUCCUCUUCUUGAUCCUCUUCCGAAAGUGAACAACUAAAAUCAAAGAAGUGAUUUAUAUUUGUUCCAAAUACGCAUUCGAAAUGAUUGGGACGAUGUGAUAAUUUCAGUUACUCUUUGUGAAAAUUGUGUAUAUAUAGAGAUGAAAAAGUAUCUGUGCAUGUGAGUGUAUUCUUUUUUGAGUUUAGAUUUCAGUUAAAAGGGAUUGUCUUUCAUUUUGAAGCAAUUCACAAGGAGAAAAAUUCCUUGUGGAUCAUUCAUUUUCACUGGAUUGAAAAUUGGAAUUCUUGUGGAUUAGUCAUUCUCACUGGAUUGAAUAUUGGAAGACUUGUGAGUCAUUCUUUUCCCUUCUCAAUGGAGGUGGAUGGAAUAAAAAACCUGGUGCACUCCGUA